UUUAGUGUUUUGGUUCUUUAUUUCAUUUUCUUCCUGAGAAAUUUGAUUUUGUUUCAGGGUUUUUAUUUUCUCUUUUGAUUUCUUUUUAUGUUACGUUGUUUUUUUUUUACUAUUUUUUGUAUUUUGAUUUCAGUGAAGUUUGAAUCUUUCUACUCUAGGGUGUCACUGUUGCAUUGAUUAAAUUACAUUUAUUAGCUUUGUAGUUUUAAUUCGUCUAUGAAAGUCAAUUCUUCUUCUUCUUCUUCUUUUUGCAAGAAAUGUUAAAUGCAGCAGUAGACCGAUCAUUUAUGGUUCUGGGUUUUUCCUAGCCUCGAGUUUGGUUGCCUAGACAGUGAGUGAAACAGUGAAAGCGGGAAGAUAGAAUAAUGGGAACUUACGAUUCUUAUCGUUUUGGAUUUUAGAAAAUUUAAAAGAAAAAUCUUUGUAUUGCAGGAUUUUAAGGGUGAUACGAGCCAAAGAAAGAAUACAGAAAAAAGAAUAGGAAUCAAACAUUCGUAGUCAAAUCCUGUAUUUAAUGGUGAAGGUAAUGAACUCAUUUAAAGACAAUUUACUCUUGAUUUCUCACUGAAGGGAAUCUGUACUGUAAGUUGUAACCCUCCCUUUGUUGCAAGCCACGAUGUUCAUCACGUAUGUCUUCCUGUUAUUAUUAUUGCAAUGGAUUGGCAUUAGGCAACAAAAGUUUGGUGUUUGUUUUGAACAAUGAAUGGGUUGCAAAAGAAGAAUUUAUUUUUUUUGCUCUUCCGGGACUUUUAUUUGAAAUUUGUGGAGCAAAGGACUUUGCUUUUUGGCAGAUCUUGGUUAGGAUGCUGUAAGAGACAUGACACUAAAGUUGCUGAAUGGGGGAACAUGUUGUGUUGUUUUCUUUCCUUUAGAGGUGCAUGCAAUACAGGCCUAAGAAUGGAUAUCUGUGAGAGUUGAAGCUUGAAAAAACCCUGUUAUUGGUUUUCAUCAUGUCAAGGCAAUCCCUACUUCCUCCUCGCUGCCCAUUUCAGAAGCAUGUCGUUUCUCAUCCAAUUCACAAAUCUAGUCCGCAACACCAUAGAUCUCCCUCCCAGGGUUCAGUUCUGGAGGAGAAGCCAGCAUGGCUUGAUGAUUUGUUAAGUGAUGAAGAUGCAGAUUCAAAAGGAAAGUGUCUUCUCCGGUCGGCCAGUGAUUCGGUCACCCUCUUGGAUGGUAUUGUGGAUUCAUUUUCAGGUUUGAGUCCAUAUAAUGAUGAAGCCGCUUCAGGUGGCAAUGAAACUUGUAGUGGACUGGAGUCAGCUUCUAUGUAUGGUCCUAAUUCUCCUAGGAGAAGAGGGAUUGUGACCUUCUCGGAAAAUGCCAUAGCAUCAGCACUAUCGGAGUAUGCAUUUCAAAAUCCUCUGCAGUAUGUAGACGGCAGCCUGUGCAUUUCGGGGAUUAAACCCUUGGAUCAAAUGGGGAAUGCAUGUGGUUCAGCUGGGGAGCUCAAUAGCGAGACAAACCCUGUGAAACGGCAUUCCGGGCAACGCUCAAGAGUUCGUAAACUCCAGUAUAUUGCUGAACUUGAAAGAACUGUUAAUGUUCUGCAGACUUUGGAGUCAGAGUUGGCUGUCAAGGUUGCUUCUAUGCUUCAGAAACGUGCUACCUUGUCCCUGGAAAACAACACAUUAAAGCAACAGGAGGCCAGAAUACGGCAGGAAAAAUUGAUCGCAGAGGCUCAACACAUGGCUUUGAAGAAGGAAGCUGAGAGAAUGAAAAACAAGUUAGGUUUCACAAAUUUGAAGUUCAGAAAUUAUUCCAGAUCAAGUCGCCCUCCGGAGGCAGCUAGAUCAGAAGUUACAUGGCAGAUGGCAAAACUUAAUCUUAACUAGUCAGGGGAGUCCUUGUCCAUGCUUCAACAAUACGUCUCAAACAUGAUUUUCUACUCAUCGGUGUCAUUUCGUGAAAAAAGUAGACAGCCUUGCUGCAUCAUGUCAUAUACUGGUUAGGAUACCUUGCACUCCCAGGGCACAAGUUGUUUAUAUCUUGCUGUACAUGAACCGCCAGUGAACUGACUUGUAUAACAAGGAGUGGCAUCAUCUUUUCACCAUAA